AUGGCAAUUGCCCUGCCGAUGACAUUUGGCAGAUUUGCUGCUUUGCUUGGUAACUACAGAAGCUAUAUCUUGUUGUUGCUUUGCGUCGCCGUCACCGUUAUCAAGCGGACAACCUCGAACUAUGCGUCUGAGUCAAGUCUGCAAUCCGUCACACUUGACACUCGAACUAUUUCGGCCCAUGUCUUGGGACCCAUGUGUCCCUGGACCCUUGUCUCGUGCUUCCUCCCGCCCGCCCACGGUGCAACCCACCUCGCCAGUAUUGGUCAGUUUUUCGCUGCGCCAUCACGUAAAAGUCUAUGCCGCGGCUUGCAGGCAGUCCUCGGCGUGCUGUCCAUCAAGUAG